UCCGUCUCCCAGCUCAGCCGCGCUCCUUUUGAUCAUUCACAUUUCCUCCAAAUGCAUGUUGUCUUUAAUUAAUUGAGUGUCUCGUGGAAAGCGAGGUGGGGGAGACAGGCAGAGAACAGCUAUAGCUACACAAUUAAAAUACAAACCAAAUCUGCUGAGUUUACUGAAUGCAAGUGCUGAAGUGACUAGUACGCUUUUUUACAGUUAAUGUUUUGCUCUAAGAACAGACCCGGGAGCAGAGAUGGAGGGCAUGGAUUUUGAGGAUGAGAAGUCCAAGAGGUACUGCAUGAAGACAAAGCAUGUGGCUGUCAUCUGUGGCGUUGUGGUCGUUGUAGGCCUUGCCGUGGGGCUUGGUGUGGGAUUGAGCAGACCUAAAUCUCAGCAACCUUCAGGGGGAACAGAUCAGCCAACAAAUCCUCCUCCCCCAGUGGAUUUGGGUCCCUGUCCUCCUAAAAAUGAUGACAGUGGAGACUGGAGGCAUUUUAGGCUACCCAUUUAUGUCAAGCCUGUCCACUAUGAUCUGGAAAUGAAGCCUGAAAUGGAGACAGACAUUUACACUGGGACAGUCAAUAUUUCUAUUGCUUUGGAAAAAUCUACCAGCUACCUAUGGCUCCACCUGCGAGAGACCAAGAUUACAGAAAUGCCUACACUCCGGAAAUCCUCAGGACAGCAGAUUGCCCUGAAUAAUUGCUUUGGGUACAAGCCGCAAGAGUACGUAGUGAUGAAGGCAGAAGCAGAGCUCUCUGUCACUGAUGAAAGUGAUCCCUAUAUACUCACCCUGAAGUUUCAAGGCUGGCUGAAUGGUUCCCUGGUUGGAUUUUAUAGGACCACCUACACUGAGAAUGGACAAAUCAAGAGCAUUGCAGCUACUGAUCAUGAGCCAACAGAUGCACGGAAAUCAUUUCCUUGCUUUGACGAGCCCAACAAAAAGGCAACUUACAACAUAUCUAUCAUCCAUCAAGACACGUACCAAGCACUUUCAAACAUGCCAGUACAGCAAACUGUAAAGCUGGAUGGUGGCUGGAAUCGGACAACUUUUGAGAAGUCAGUUCCCAUGAGCACUUACUUGGUAUGCUUUGCGGUGCACCAGUUUCAGUGGGUAGAGAGAAUGUCCGCUAGUGGAAAACGUCUGAGAGUUUAUGCACAGCCACUGCAAAUACACACGGCAGAAUAUGCAGCAAAUGUAACAAAAAUUGUAUUUGACUUCUUUGAAGAGUACUUUAAUUUGAGCUACUCUCUUCCAAAACUAGAUAAAAUAGCUAUUCCAGAUUUCGGGACAGGUGCUAUGGAGAACUGGGGACUGAUCACAUACAGAGAAACAAACCUGCUGUACGACCCCAACGAGUCAGCCACUUCCAACAAACAGAGAGUAGCUGGUGUGGUAGCACAUGAGCUCGUUCAUCAGUGGUUUGGAAAUAUUGUGACCAUGGACUGGUGGGAUGACUUGUGGUUAAACGAAGGAUUUGCCAGUUAUUUUGAGUUCCUGGGAGUAGAUGCUGCAGAACCAGAUUGGCAAAUGCUUGAACAGGUUCUAAUUGAUGAUGUACUUCCUGUAAUGAAGGAUGACUCUUUGCUGUCUUCCCACCCAAUUGUGGCCAACGUGUCAUCUCCAGCUGAAAUCACCUCUGUGUUUGACGGGAUAUCCUACAGUAAGGGUGCAUCGAUACUCAGAAUGCUUCAAGACUGGAUUACACCAGAUCUCUUCCAGAAAGGCUGUCAGGCAUAUUUGAAGAAACACCAUUUCCAGAAUGCCAAGACACAACAAUUUUGGGAAGCUCUAGAAGCGGCAAGUAAUAAACCUGUGAAGGAAGUCAUGGACACAUGGACUAGACAGAUGGGCUACCCUGUUUUGGAGAUGGGAAGUAAUUCAAUAUUCACACAGAAACGUUUUCUCUUGGAUCCCAAUGCAAAUGCUUCUCAUCCUCCUUCUGAUCUUGGUUACAAAUGGAAUAUACCAGUGAAAUGGAGACUUGGGAGUUCAACAAAUUAUACUUUCUACAACACAUCAGAUUCUGCAGGAAUUAUAAUAGCAUCACCUCCUAAUACUUUUGUGAACGUUAACCCAGAUCACAUUGGAUUCUAUCGGGUGAACUAUGAUAGUCAAAACUGGGCCAGGUUAGGCACUCUUCUGGUCAGCAACCACAAAAGUUUUUCAGCUGCUGACCGUGCAGGGAUUUUGGAUGAUGCCUUUUCUUUAGCAAGAUCUGGACUUGUGAAUUACUCUGUUCCCCUGGAGCUCACAAAAUACCUAACAAAUGAAACAGACUAUUUACCUUGGCAUAGGGUUAUAUCAUCUGUAACUUACCUUGCAAACAUGCUUGAAGAUGAUACAAAUCUCUAUCCCGGUUUCAAGGAAUAUUUUCGCUACCUGGUAAAACCCAUUGUGGAUCAACUGCACUGGAAUGAUUUUGGAGGCCAUUUGGAGAGGCUUCUUCGUGCAUCUGUUCUAGACUUUGCCUGUAGUGUGGAUGACACAGAAUCUUUGAACAAUGCUUCUCAACUAUUUGAGCAAUGGCUACAAGGAAAAACUAUUCCUGUAAAUCUCCGACUCCUAGUAUAUCGCUAUGGGAUGCAGAACUCAGGCAAUGAGUCAUCAUGGAAUUACAUGUUCAAGAAAUACCAAGAAACUUCAUUAGCACAAGAAAAAGAAAAGCUGCUGUAUGGCCUGGCAUCCGUGAAGAACAUCACCCUUUUGAACAGGUAUCUGAAAUAUAUUUACAACACCAGCCUCAUCAAAAGCCAAGAUGUGUUCACAGUCCUGAGAUACAUCUCGUAUAACACCUAUGGGAAAACAAUGGCCUGGGACUGGAUACGACUUAACUGGCAGUACUUAGUUGACAGAUUCACUAUCAAUGACAGAGGCCUUGGUCGAAUAGUAACUAUCACCCAAACCUUCAACACUGAGCUCCAGCUUUGGCAGAUGGAAAAUUUCUUUGAGAAAUAUCCUAAUGCUGGGGCAGGAGAAUUGUCCAGGAAUCAGUCAAUUGAGCAGGUGAAGAACAACAUUGAAUGGCUAAAAGCAAACAAGGAAGAAAUACGAACGUGGCUAGAAGCACAGUUAGGCCCUUAAAAUCUUACUUUGUUAAAAAUACCAGGCACUCAUUCUGGGCACUGAGAUCCUCAGAGAUAGUUAGCAAUGUGGAUUUCUCACCUAGGCACCUUAAAGGACCAAGGCCUAAUAUUUUUUCUGCAAACUCAGGAGACCACUGCCAGAGCAAUGUUUAUGUAGUUGCUGAUCCCAGAUCCUGACAGCACUUGUGUGCAGGAAUAGCUUUAUGUUUUGAGAGAUGAAUUUGUCUGAACAAAUAGGACAAAUGUUUAAAGUUACUCAAGGCAGAAGUGAUGGCAGAACUGGGGUCCUCGCUGAUCAAGCUGAUCUCACUCCUUCCACAUACCACUCUGAAAAGCUACUUCUUGGUUCGCACAGAGGUAUAUCUAGUACACUCAGGGAUUCCUUUCCAAGUACACUUCAUAGGAGCUUU